GCAGCCGGCCAAGUCCCCGGAGCCGAGCCUUCCUCCGCGCGAGCCCGGCGAGUCCGGCCGCGGAUGCCCUGCCCGGAGUGCUCCGUGCCGCGCCAGGCUUGCCAGGGUCCGCGGCGAGACAUGCCCGAGCCAGGCGCUGCCCCGACCUCGACUUAUCUGUAAGCAGCGUAAGGAACCAUGGUCAGUAAGGACACCGGCAAAUGCAUACUCACAGCGUCGGAGAGUGAAGUGGAACCUGCCGCCUGCCUGGCCCUGGAGAUGAAAUACGCCCUGGACCCCAACCGGCAGAUUAAAAAACGCAACAAAGCACUGCAGGUGCGGUUUAAGGAUAUCUGCGAGGCACAGAAUGAGCAGAGGGACACACAGCUGUCCUCCGGCCAGCUGGGGGAGAGGCGGGAGGCCAAGCCCGUGUCCUGCAGAACAGCCUACCGCAAAUACAUGACAGUGCCCGCGCGCAGGUCCAUCCCCAACGUCACCAAGAGUACAGGUGUGCAGACCUCGCCAGACCUUAAGAAGUGUUACCAGACCUUCCCUCUGGACCGCAAAAAGGGGAACCUUAAAAGCCUCCCUGCUGCAGAUCCCUUUAAAAACCAAAACAAUGGGUUUCUAACAGAUGCAAAAGAGAAGAACGAGGCUGGACCCAUGGAGGAGGCCCGGCCAUGUGGGGCAGGGCGCGUGCACAAGACCACAGCCUUGGUUUUCCAUUCUAACGAACACAUGAAUGCAGUGGACCAGCCUCUGGGGGUCAACUGCACAGAGCCCUGUAAAAGCCCGGAGCUGCUCAGCUAUGGCGAAGCUGCGCUCCAGAACUCCACUCGGCCCCCCUCCGAAGAGCCCAAUUACCAGCUGCUCGGGAGGGCCAAGCACGACCGGGCGAGGCCGAACUCCGAGGAGCCCGCUCCACCUGCCCUCGGGAGGGUGUUUAAAACAGAGGUUGCCACCGUUUACGCACCCACCCUCAGUGCCAGGGCCCCUGAGCCUGGUUUGUCAAACUCUGCGGCCGCCAGCCAGUGGUCACUCUGCCCAGCAGAUGAGGAGCAGAGGAGAGCCACACAUCUCAAUGGGCUCCAGCCGCCCUCGGGCACUGCCCUGGCCUGCUCACCCCCCGUGCAGUGCCUGUCCCCCGAAUGUAGCGAGCAGCCCUUGCAGACUCAAACCCCGCCGGGGCUGGGGAACCAGCCUAGUCCCACAGCGGUUGCUGCAGGUGAAGAAUGCCAACAAAUCGUGCCUCAUACAGAAGUGGUCGACCUCAAAGCACAACUUCAGAUGAUGGAGAACUUGAUCAGUUCAAGCCAAGAAACCAUCAAAGUGCUCCUGGGGGUCAUUCAGGAGUUGGAAAAAGGAGAGGCCCAUCGGGAAGGGCUUUCAUAUCGGACGGGGCAAGACACAGCUAAUUGUGACACAUGCAGGAACAGUGCAUGUAUUAUCUAUAGUGUGGAGCUGGAUUUUAAGCAGCAAGAAGACAAACUCCAGCCAGUUCUGAGAAAACUCCACCCUAUUGAGGAAACUCAGGUCAUACCUUCGCCUUAUUCUCAGGAGACUUACUCCUCAACUCCCAAGCAAAAAUCCAAAACUGAAUCUAAAAAGCAUGGAAGAUGGAAACUCUGGUUCCUUUAACACUCACAGUAUCUGGAGUCUCAAGGCCGUCUUUAGAACCCACUGGAGUUUAAGUCAAUACUUUUCCAAAACAAAUAGGAUCGAGGGAACUAUGGUGCCAACUCAGGCAUCUCCCACUUCUCACCCUGCGUACCAAAAAGGCCUUUGUACCAACAGAUAAGCAACAGAAGCAAGGGAUUCCGUGUCACUCCUUGCCAGCUGUUCUUUGCAGUUCACUGAUGUGGGAUGUAAAAUCUGAAACGAAACUUAGAUAGUCAAAGAUGAUAAGUAAAAAUUUCCCCCCACCCCCAAUCUGCAAGUAAUACAUUAUCAACCUGCAAGAUGGCAGGCUGUCACCCUGUACACAGCUAUAACUCAUAAUUAUUUUCAAGCCUUGAUUUUUUCUUAAUAAUGAGAAGAAAAAGCAAGCCUUAUGUUUGCAAAGGACUUCAUUUUUACGUUUCAUUUUGCAAAUAAGCAGGGGGCGAGUGCAAUUUUCAGCACAUCAAAUUCCGGAGAAAGCACAAUUUUUUCAAGUGGUCGGAGACCAUGAAUAAUCUCUAAAAUGUGACUAUAUGUAUAUUUGCCUUCAUGUGCUAUAGCGCUAAGCCAAGUGACCACAUCUCAGUGUCACACUGACACCUCAAAUUUAGCAUCCUCUUCAUCUCCAGACUUAAUGACAUGUUUACUGCUCAUUUUCCAAAUGGCCAGCAGCCAGGAGUCCCCCAAAGUCAGGAUAUGCCUUUAAUCACUGCAAGUAGACAGGGUCAGAGCUAUUGGACACUAAGCUUUCUUAGAUCUCGUUUUUAAUGUUUUGGUACCCAAAGGCCAAAUGAUAUAUUCUGGCAAGAAUCUGAGAACACACAUAGAGAUACAUGAUGGAUAACAUAACCACCAAUAAAUCACAGGUGUUCUGUGCCAUGGCACACAGUGUUUUUGUGGAUCAAUCCUCUGAGACACUGUUCGCCAUGGUAAGCGCAGCCAGACAUUGUAUACAAUUUGUUAUGCUUUGUAACAAUGGUGGAAGACCUGACCAUCUCAAAGAGAUACAGCGUGUUUAGCUUAGCUGUUACCAAGGGACAAUGUCGCCUACCUUUAACCUAUUAGUAAGUUGUAUUAAACAACAUACUUAGGGGAAAGCUGUGAAUCAAAUGUUUUUAGGUAUUUUUUAAAUCAACAGUAACACUUAGAGUUCUCUCUUGAUUACACAUUGCAAUGUAAAUCUUAGUUCCUUUAUUUUUUCACUCAUUUCUUUGCACCUUUGCAAGUAUCUUUUUAUAGAAAUCAAAUCCCCUAGUCUACUAAUGACUUUGUCUGUCAAUUUUUUGAUUUUCACCGUAGGAAGUAGGGGUCUUACUUUGCCUUUCUUUUGUACAACUUCAAUUUUGGAUAGUUUGUGAAGAUACAGGAAAACCUAGUCUUGAAGUUUCUGUCCAGCAGUUUCACAUCUAGCGGAGUGCUGACAUGCACACCUCAUUGAUUAGAUGCCAAACACACAGUGGCUAACCUUGGUAAAAGGAUCUCACCUGCUUUUAUCAGAUUGGAGCUACUUCUUGCCAUGCAUUUUCCUCUUGACUCAACAGCAAAUCUGUUUUAGUUCUAAGUGUUUUGAUUCUACAGGGACCUAGUGAUCAGCUAUUAGAUCGGACCUUGAAAAAAAUGAAGAGUGUAUUGUGUAAACAUUCUUUGGGGGAUACUCAAACAAUACCGCAGUUGUAUGCUUUAAUUUAAAACACACAUGCACACACGUUUUGCAGAAACACUAUAUGAGGUUCAAAUCCCUGGAUAUCAGUAAACGGAACUGAGAAAUAUUUUUGUGCAAGAACAAUGAGGAAGUUGAUCCUGUAACAUGAAGGAAGUACAAUUGUUUCAUGUAGACUAAACAUUUAAAAAUGGGCUUCAUGUUUUUUAUACUGUUUUUAACUGAAGUUAUAAAAAUGUUUCCAACAAGUUAUCUUUCCUUAUGUUUUAAGAAUCCCAGCUAUCUCAGUAAAUUGAAAUAAGGGUGUUAGCAAUUUUCUAAUUACUAUUACAAAUCUGUCUAAACAAGAGGUGACAUCCUAGUACACAAAAUAAUGUCACUGUUUCAAACCAGUCUAGACCUAAACAAAAAACAGAUUAAAAUUGUCAGAGCCAAAAAGGAAAUUCUGAAGAUAAACUAAUUCCCCCUUAAAAGUUAAAGUGUGUUCAAAACAGAAAAAAUAUUGUCAAAAUCAUUUCAUAAUUUAAUUGCAACACAUCAUUAACAGAUGGAGAUUCUUCUCUUGGAAAGAUUCAAGGAAAAACUUUGAUACAAAACCAAGGUAAAACGUACAGUGUUCCCUCAUGUAGAUGUAUACAUGGCAUUACAUAUAGAUAUUAAAUUAUUAUACUUGUCAUUAAGUUCUUUAUUAAUUUUUAAAUAAAAAAAAUCAAAGAUGA